AUGUUAAAAAAUAUUCUCCAGAAAUUGGAAAACCCAAAGCGGCCGUUACUAGGGCCAAAUGUUAAAGCCUUGCAAUUCUGGGGGCUGUUGUUACCAAAAAAUGUAUUCAUGAAGUAUUUUUACCUACUAAUGCAUGUACUGGUAACAAUAUUCACUGCGACCGAAUACAUAGAUGUAUGGUUCGUAAAAUCCGACCUGAAUUUAUUGCUGAACAAUCUAAAAAUCACUAUGUUGGCUACCAUAAGUGUGAUAAAAGUAUCGACAUUUUUGAGCUGGCAAAAAUAUUGGAUCAGUAUCAUAGAAUACGUUACAAGGGCGGACUUGGAUCAACGUUUAACGGAAGAUAAGAAAAAACUGAAACUGUUGAAGGCAUUUACUAAAUAUUGUAGAAAGAUAACUUAUCUGUAUUGGUCAUUGAUGUAUACGACCGUGAUCAUAGUGAUGGUACAGCCGAUCUUUAAAUACGUUUCCUCUGAGACGUAUAGAAUGAACGUAAAAAAUGGUACAGAGACGUACUUACAAGUAGUCAGUUCUUGGGUACCAUUUAAUAAGAACACAAUGCUUGGGUACUUAGCCGCUUCAGUGUAUCAAAGCUACGCUGCGAUCUACGGUGGAGGUUGGAUCACGUCUUUUGAUACUAAUGCAAUGGUGAUCAUGGUGUUCUUUAGAGCUGAACUGGAGUUGUUGAGGAUUGAUUGUAGGGAUAUUUUUGGGUCGGAGUCCGUGCCUGUAGAGCGUGAUGUGGCGUUGAAGAGGUUGAAGGAUUGUCAUAGGAGGCAUGUUGAGUUGGUCAAAUAUGCUCGUCUCUUCGACUCCUGUUUGUCGCCAAUAAUGUUACUCUACAUGUUCGUCUGUUCGGUAAUGUUGUGUGUCACUGCUUAUCAAAUAACUAUUGAAACUAGUCCAAUGCAAAGAUUCUUAACGACGGAAUACCUUGUUUUUGGCAUCGCACAACUAUUUAUAUACUGCUGGCAUAGCAAUGACGUCUUGUACGCUAGUGCAGACUUAAUGCUCGGUCCAUAUGAGAGUACUUGGUGGUCCAGGAGCGUGCAGUAUCGCAAGGACUUGUAUCUGUUGGUCGCGCAGUUCAACAAGAGCAUUGUGUUCUCAGCCGGACCCUUCUCGAAGCUGACUGUAGCUACUUUUAUUAGUAUCUUGAAGGGAGCGUAUAGUUACUACACGCUGCUAAGCCAGUCCCAAAUGAAAUAAUGCGUAAUUAGAGCAUUCCUCUUGUAAUACGAGAGAUACGAGCACAUAAUUAUAUAUACGGAGUGUUUCGUAAAAUUCAUUAUUAUUUGUUUGUGCAGAAAACUAGGUUUUG